AUGAGUGACAAUCUCACAUCUUCUACAACCGCUCCCAGCCGCUCCCCACCCUCCGCUCCCCCCGACGCCUUACCAUCCUCCCUCCCUCUCCUCCCUUCUCCUCCUCCCUCCCACAUUCUCUUGCCCCCUCCUCGCUCCCUUACCCUUCCGUCUCCCUCCCCACCGCACGAAGCAGGGCGAGCGCUGAUGGCUUUGAGGGACCAGCUGGCCUUUGCGAACCCUAGCCGCAGCCCCAAGGCGAUCCUUUCUCCAAUCCUGCCUCUCCCCUCUUCUCUCAACUUCCUCCCUCCCCGCCCUUUCAGGGCAAGCGCUGGGCAAGCGCUGGUGCCUCUGCGGGACCAGCUGGCCUUUGCGAACCCUAGCCGCAGCCCCAAGGCGAUCCGUUCUCCUUCCCGACCGUAUUCCCCCAUCCCCUCCCACCUCGUCUCCCCCCCUCGUUUCCCCCUCUCUCUCAACUUUCUUCCCCCGUCGUUCCGAGCAGGGCAAGCGCUGGUGACUCGGAGGGACCAGAUGACGUUUGGCAAGCGCUG